AUGAAACAAGAAGAAUUGGAUGUUUAUGAGGAGAAUUUGAAGGCGUUGAAGAGAUCAGUUCUGGAUAUCAUUACGGAAAACAGAAAAAGGGCAGAUCAAGAGGUGAAAGAAAAAUCUCAAAGUAGUAAACCAAAAGUAUAUGAUAUAAAAGCAGUAGAAGAUGAUGAUAAUCAUCACACUGACUACGAUGGUUUAGGUGACUUUUCUAAUGAGGAAGAGAAACGGAAGUUUAAACUUAUGAAUUAUACCAUUAGGGAAUAUGAAGAAUGGGAUAAGCAACAGAAGGAUAAACAAAGGAAACGUGUUGAUGGUUCAGAUCUAACAGAACUGGCGACAUUUACAUAUGAGAAAGAACUAUCUAAGCUCAACAGCAAGUUAGAGAACAUUUCUCAUGAACAAAAACAUCAAAUUGGUGUCAAUACUAGAAAUGGGAAAUUGAAUGUCAAAGAUGAGGAACGUUUGCUAAAUAAUCUAGUAAACAAUUUGAAUGAAACUGCAAAGAAACGAUACAUGGUAAGGAAAAAGAAGCUGCAAUCUAAAGCCUCCUCUGAUAUUGCAGGCAAUUAUUUCAAGGAUAAAAAUAAGCAAUUCAAUGAAAAGUUGGAACGUGAAUUAAAAGAACGUGAUAAUGGAGGAGACUAG